AUGCCUGAUGCCAGCGCGUCCAAGGGUCGAAUCUCGAUUGCCAUCGACCGUGGAGGAACGUUCUGUGAUGUGAUUGCUAAGAUCGAGGGGCGCGAGGAUAUCAUCUUCAAGCUCCUAUCGGAAGACCCCAAUAACUAUGUUGAUGCACCCAGCGAGGCAAUCAGGAGAGUUCUGGAGAUUGCAACGCGUCGAUCUAUUCCCCGUAACGAGAAACUCGACGGAUCCAGCAUAGGCAAAAUUGGUACCACGGUUGCUACCAAUGCGCUCUUGGAGCACAAGGGCGAGAAGUUUGCUUUUCUUGCGACCAAAGGGGAUCAAACUCGCCCAAAGCUAUUUGCUCUCAAGGUCGAGAAAGCCAAGGCACUGCACGAUAAAGUCAUAGAAGUGGACGAACGCGUUACGCAGGAAGACUAUGAUCUGAACCCUCAGCCCAUAGACAAGAAGGCCGAGCUGUUGGAUCCAGCUCUCGUACGAACGGCCAGCGGCGAGAUUAUGAGGGUGCUAAAGAAGCCCGAAGUCGAAGUUAUCCGCGCAGAUCUCGAGUCGCUCAAGGCCGAAGGAUAUACAUCAGUUGCGAUUGCUUUCAUGCACUCUUAUCUGUAUCCCGAACAUGAGAACAUCGUUGCCGACUUGGCCCGAGAGGUUGGGUUUAAGUACGUUACGACGUCCAGUGAAACCAGCCCCUCCAUCAAGUUCCUGGAACGAAGCACGUCUGUGUGCUCGGAGGCCUACCUGUACCCAGUAAUCCGAAGAUACGUGGAGAAUUUUGAGUCGCGAUUUGCCAAAUUGCCUCAGCGGGUGGAGUUCAUGCGUUCGGAUGGUGGCUUGAAGCAGUCGCAAAAAUUCAAGGGUAACGAAGCGUUGCUGAGCGGCCCAGCAGGUGGUGUCGUGGGCGUCGCUAGAUCCUGUUACGAUGGCAGUGAGGGUGAGCAAACUCCGUUGAUUGGGUUCGACAUGGGUGGUACGAGCACGGACGUCUGUCGAUACGACGGGAAAUACGACUACCUGACGCAGUCGCAUAUCGCUGACCGUACGAUCAAUGUUCCUAUGCUGAACAUCAAGACUGUGGCUGCCGGCGGUGGUUCCAUUCUCUUCGCACGAAAUGGCCUGCUCGUCGUUGGACCUGAGAGUGCUGGAGCUUACCCUGGCCCGGCAAGUUACCGAAAUGGGGGGCCACUCACUGUGACGGAUGCCAACCUUUUCCUCGGAAGACUUGACUUAUCGUCUUUCCCGGCAAUUUUCGGCAAGAAUGCAAAUGAGCCCCUGGACACGGAGGUUGUCAAGAAGAAGUUCCAGGAAAUCACCAACGAAUUCAACUCCCAGACAUCCCAGUCCUUGACACCCGAGGAGGUGGCUGCUGGCUUUCUUGAGGUUGCGAACGAGACAAUGAGUCGACCAAUCAGGAACACAACCGAGGCAAGAGGUUAUAACCCUGAGACUCAUAGUCUUGUUAGCUUUGGCGGUGCAGGAGGCCAACACGCUUGCUCAAUUGCCGACAAAUUGGGCGUGAACAGAAUUCUCAUUCAUAAAUGGUCGUCGCUGCUGUCAGCGUAUGGUAUUUCGCAGGCACAGCUACAAACAGAAGCUUCGGAGCCGUUUGUGGGAUCUUUCAAACUCGAAGAGAUCGAUGUACUCCGCAAAAGACUUGAAGUCCUGCGAAACUCCGUCAAAGAUGAACUAAUCGCACAGGGUGCCAGCGGUGAAUCCAUCCAGUACCAUGAAUCCCUCAGCAUGAGAUAUUUCGGCACGGACACCAACCUUGCCAUCUCGCGGCCGGAAGGCGAUGACUUUGGGGCAGUAUUCGUUGCUGAACAUAAGAGAGAAUUUGCUUUCAAUCUCAGCCGUGCCAUUGUUGUUGACUCGAUCCAUGUCCGCGGUACCGGCAGUGCGGGGGUCGUUGAUACGGAAGCCCCUCCGACAGAGGAGCUCGCAGCUGUGAAGGCUAGCCCAAAGACGUUUGAACCUACCGCAAGCCAGGUUUUAUACGUUGGUGGUAAGUGGCAGGACGCUGGAAUCUAUCGGUUGGCAAAUGUUCCAAAGGGAGUAGUACUUGACGGCCCAGCUCUCAUUCUGGACGAAACGCAGACUUUGUUCCUCGAGCCCGGCUUCAAGGCAUACAUUCUCUCGUCACAUGUCAUCAUGGAAAAGUUUACGCACCAGAAGGACAACACAGAAGCUACUCAAGGUUUGGAUCAUUUCAGCCCAAUUCAACUGUCAGUCUUUGCACAUAGAUUCAUGUCAAUUGCCGAGCAGAUGGGAAAUACCCUUCAACGGACAUCUAUCUCUACCAGCAUCAGAGAGAGACUGGACUUUUCUUGCGCUAUCUUCUCCCCUAGUGGAGAGCUUGUUGCGAAUGCUCCUCAUAUACCAAUGUAUGUUUUCCGAUCUCAUCUGGGAAGCAUGCAAUUUGCUAUUCAGCGCCAGCAUCAGCACUGGCUUGGAAAACUAAAGCCUGGCGACGUACUGAUGACAAACCAUCCUGAGUGGGGCGGUACACAUUUGCCAGAUAUCACGGUUGUCACACCGGUUUUCGUUGAUGACCAGAUUGCUUUCUACACAGCCAGCCGUGGGCAUCAUACCGAUAUUGGUGGCAAGGGUAUCACUUCCAUGAUGCCGGACUCAGUAGAGCUAUGGGAAGAAGGAAUUAACGUCCCUACGAUGAAAAUUGUUAGUGCUGGCGAAUUUUUAGAGAACGAAGUCCGUGCAGCUUUUGACCUGGCUGGGACAUUUCCAGGGUGCAGUCCCACCCGCCGCAUUCAAGACAACAUCUCAGAUCUGAAGGCUCAGAUUUCAGCUAACCAAAGAGGUAUAAUCCUUCUGCAAAAGCUUUGCGACGAGUUCUCGUUGCCCAUUGUGCACAAGUACAUGGGCGGCAUCCAACGCAACGCAGAGAUGGCUGUGCGUGAGUUCUUCAAAGAGAUUGCAAGAAAGAACCCACAAGGACUUGAGUCAGAAGAUGUCUAUGACAACGGUACCAAGAUCAAGCUACGAAUUAGUAUCGAUCCCGAAACAGGGUCGGCACUGUACGACUUCACAGGUACCGGUCCACAGAGCUGGGGCAACAUCAAUUGCCCAAUUGCAAUUGCCCACUCUGCGGUCAUUUACACAUUACGAUGCUUGAUCGACUUAGAGAUCCCCUUAAACGAGGGUUGCUUAGUGCCUAUUGAGGUUCGUGCUCCCAAGGGCAGCAUUCUCAAUCCCACGUCGUCUGUUGCCAUCUGUGGAAGCACUAUUGCCAGCCAGCGGGUCAUAGAUACGAUCCUGCGUGCUUACAGGGUUGUCGCUGCUUUCCAAGGCUGCGCAAGUAGUUUUGGCUGGGGCAUGGGUGGUCGAGACCCAGAGACCGGAGAGAUCAAGCCGGGGUGGAACUACGGAGAAUCUAUUGGGGGAGGUACAGGAGCCGGGCCUGGUUGGCAUGGCGCCCAUGCCAUUCACGCCCACUCGACUAACACACGAAUCACUGAUGCUGAAGUCAUUGAGAAGAGGACACAGGUCAUCGUACGUAGAUACGAGAUCAACAGCGGAACGGGCGGUCGCGGUAAAUGGAACGGAGGUGAUGGUAUCACUCGUGAAAUAGAGGCAAGGAUACCGCUCAAGUCGAGUAUCCUGAGCGAGAGGCGGGUAUUUCCCCCUUACGGUAUGGAAGGUGGCAACCCUGGAAGUAUUGGGAAGAACUAUGUGUUCAGACACAAUGGUCAGGGAGGUCUGGACAAGAUCAGCCUCGGAAGUCAGGCGGUGGUUCAUCUGCGGCCUGGUGAAAUCAUGCAGAUCAACACACCUGGCGGCGGUGGUUGGGGCAAUCCCAACAUCUAA